UCUAAAAUUAUAAUUUUAUUUUAGAAUGAAAACAUUCUUUUAUGAAGAUAUUUAAAUAUAUAUAAUAAAAUGGCCUUAUAUGAUAACCAACAUUGGCUUUUAUCACAUAUUAGAGAUAGUUUUUUAUCUACAGAUGACACAGGUAUGUGCGAGAUGGUUAUGCUAGGAGAAGAUAUACCAAAAGAAAUGAAGUCAAAUGGUACGUUACAAUGUUAUCCUGGAAUGGAAGAAAGUGACGAUGAAGAUUUAGAUGCAUUAGCUGAAUCAUAUGACAUACAAAUGGAUAUGGAACUUAGUCAUAGACAGCGUUCUAAUACUGCUCAAAGAUUAGAAAAAAUGGAUUUAGAGAGAAAGAAAGCGGCUAAAAUUAAACAUGUAAAAUGGGAACACAAACCAAAUCUUCUUUCACUAGCAGAACAAUCAAAAUUAUUUCAGAGAAAGGAUUUCCGUAAAAAAAAUACAACUACUACCAAAAGACAUUCUUUUUUAUCUGAACAAAUAGGAAAGUGUCCCAAUUUACCUCAAAAUCCUUUUACGGAUUUUGCUAAAUUCGAUGGCAAUGCACAAGUUGGAAUUGCUAUUAGAAAAUAUAGAAUCUUUAUGUGUAUGUUACCUAAGGAAGAAAGGACUUAUCCUUUACAAAUUGUAGUUGUCGCAACAGCUAAAGUAUUGGAAUUUAUUGGGCUUAUAUGUUAUAAAUAUGCGAGCGAACAUCCCAAUCAUAAUUUAAAGGAAGAUAUUACAAAAUAUGGUUUAUAUAUUACUGAAGAUGAUGGUGAGGUAGAUUGGGACUUUCCUUGCUUAGAUCCAGGAGAAGUAAUAUCUAAGUUUGAAUUCACAACAUUAGGUCUUGUUGAAAUGAAACCAAGUGAUAGAGCACGACAUAAUACGAUAAGACAUAUUGAAACAGAAGUAAAUGAAGAAUUAGAAGGAAUAGAUAAAGAGCAAGAAGAAGUAGCGAAAGAUUUAGCCAAAAUGGAAGGUCAUACAACAGCAAUGGAAGCUCCAUUAUAUCAAUCAUAUAGAGUAUACAUAAUUAAUAAAGUGAGAGCAAAGACUGAAAUACUCCUUGGAAUAUCGGGUGAAAAAAUAGAAAUUGAUCCAGUGAUAACGGGAAAGGGUGCCAGUCGAUUUUGGAACAGACAACGUGCUGUUAGUUAUCAUAUAGAUAACAUUGCAUGGUGUGAAAUAACUGAAAACAAAGGAUCAAAAACGAUAUUCACAUUGGUUUAUACUCCACAUUCUUCUACUUUAGAUAGUUUAAAUGCAUCAUCCAGUCAAACGCAUUCUCUUCAACAAUCCGCGUCAUUUAAAAAUCAUGAUUUUGAAGCGUAUUCAGUGACAGCAGUAGAAAUAGUAAAAAAGAUAAAUCAUAUUUUAGAAUUACGUAGUAGUACAUCAAGAAAAGAAUACUUGGCCCAAAAAGAAAGGAAAGCGGCAAGAAGAAAAAGUUUUCAUUUGCAUAGAUGACAGCUUUACUGGUUGUUUUGUUCGAUUUUACAUUAUCUAAAAUAUUAAGACAUAUAGCAAGCUAUACGAUAUAAAAUGUAAAAAAUUUGUAUAACGUAAAAGUAAGUUACAAUUUCGUUCGUCAUAACAAUGACAUUUAGAAAAGCUUUCUACCAAAGAUAUUAUUUGUAUUAUUUUAAAUAUUCGAAAGUUAUCAUUAAUUAGUAUAAAUAAUUUGUCUUUUAAUAUAUUAUAUCUAAAAUAUAUGCUGAUAUAUUGUGCAAAAUGCUAUAAAUCAUAAUGCGUAUGUAAAGUUAUACUUUUAACAGUAUUAAAGCACGAUGGAACAGUAUAUCGAUACAAAAAAAAAGUAACUUUAAAUAAUAUGCUCUACUUAAAUUAUACUAUU